AAGGGGAACAGGAUAUAAUAAUAAUGAAAAUUCUUGCAUUUAUAUCAAUACGCAUCAUCUAUCCUUCUUUUGUUUUAAGAAAAAAGGAAAGGAGAAUUUAGAAAAAUGCUAAAAUUUCUACCCUCCGGUUUGCAAAACAUCUCUUAUAAACAUUACUCCGAAAGCAAUCACCACAAGAUUAAUCAAUUUCUGUUCACAAACAUCAAAUUCGAUCCGCCUCAUCAUGGAAAUGGUAAUUUUUACGAUUUUAACACCUAUCCAGACCACAUUUACACUAGGAAAUGGGGGGAAAAUGAAGUUGACAAAGAUGCUCUUUACGAAUUUUCCGUCGGCCCUCUUGUAUUGAUGUCCAUACUUUACGGAAUGAUUUCGCUGACAUCCAUCAUUGGAAACGGUUGCGUUAUUUGGAUAAUACUCAGUCGACAUAAAAUGAGAACCGUGACUAACUACUUUCUGCUUAACCUGGCCAUCGCCGAUAUGGUGAUCGGUAUGUUCAGCGUACCCUUUCAGUUUCAAGCCGCUUUGCUGCAGAGAUGGGUGCUGCCAAACAUAAUGUGUCCCUUGGCCCCUUUCGUCCAAACCUUGUGCGUAAACGUUAGCGUUUUGACUCUGACAAUAGUGGCAUUAGAUAGGUGGUCGGCAGUUAUGAGGCCCCUAAAGCCUAGGCUUCUUUCCAAGAAUACGGCCAAGAUUAUAUUGAUUUUAUUUUGGAUUCUGUCCCUACUCUCAUCUUUACCCAUGGCCCUGACUCUCAGGAUCAUUAAAUUGAGUAAUAAACAGAUGCUGGAUUCGGCCCUAAAUGUCAACGCGAGUGAAACUUUCACAUUUUAUACGCUCAACCGAUUAAAGUCGGCAAACCCAGACUUUACAAAUUAUUCACCACUCUACAUUUCAAAAAACUCACCUCACAAACAUAUUCACGGCGAUAAACAUUUUGCAUCUCUUAAUCGAGUCGACUAUUCGAAACCAAAUUUGAAACUAUUUUCCCCCGACAACCCUGAAAUUAAUUUAAUGACAAAAUAUCAAACCAAAAAGAUAUACAUAAAAAAGCGUCACAAUCAUUUAAAAAGCCAUUUUUUCACGUCAAACACUUAUAUUUUGCCUCAAUACGAUUACACUAACCAGAGCGUUCCUAUUAAAUCCCAUUUUAUUCAAGACCAUCAUAAUUAUCACAAGAUGAUUCAUUAUAAAAAACGAUUUAGCCGAAAUAAAACUCAUCCGAAAAAGUUUAUUAUUAAUCCCUUAUUUAAGAAAGAUCAAAUCCGCUACUUAAUUACAACCUUCUCGCAAGGAGGAGCAAAAUACGAAGAAAAUAAUCUACAGAGCAGACCUUAUGAUAAAGAUAGUUCUACACUAAAUUAUGGCACAGCUGUUUCUCGAUCAUUUAAUCCCUCAUACAGAAUUUUAUGUGUUCCUAUUUGGCCCUCGGAUAUGAGUCGCAAAAUUUACUUCAUAUAUCUCAGCCUCAUUCAAUAUUUUUUCCCAUUAUCCUUUAUGUUGUGCGUUUAUUCCAGAAUCGCGUUUAAAAUCUGGGGAAGAAAAGCGCCUGGAAAUGCUUUAGACGCUCGAGAUAACUUGAUAAAUCAGAAUAAGAAAAAGAUAAUCAAGAUGCUUCUCAUAGUUGUAUCCAUGUUUGCUUUCUGUUGGCUACCAUUGCAAAGUUAUAAUGUGUUAAGCGAAAUCAUAACAGCCAUUAACGAAUAUCAAUUUAUCAACAUUAUAUGGUUUUGCUGUCAUUGGAUAGCCAUGAGUAAUUCCUGCGUGAAUCCAUUCGUUUAUGGACUCUAUAAUAAAAAAUUUAAGAGUGAAUUUUUACGUUUAUAUUGGAAAAUAAUGGGACGCAAAAGAACCGAUUCAUUUGCACUACGUACACGCUUGAAGAAUCAGAAAUCUAUAAGUCGCAGUUAUAACGAGAAUGAAGAUUAAAAAAUCAUAAUUAUAUAAUCAAAAAUUAACUUAAAUUUGUUUUUUUUAAAUUCCCUUAAGUAUUUUUUUUUUACUCUCUGCCUUUAUGAUAUCAUAAAAAAUAAUUAAUCUAUCAUAUUUUUUUUUAGUCCAGUUUAAAACCUAUUUUUUAAUUUUAAUAAAUUCUUUAUA